AUGGCAUUAGCACGGCUUGCAAGGUCCGAGCUGCAGGAUCUGGCGUCUGUCACUGAACCCUCGGCCCGGUUGCAAGUCUUGAAGAGAAUCAAGGGCAUCGUGACUGGUCAUCUGUCUCACAAGCUCGAGUUCGUCCAAAAUGGACUGAUUCCUCAGUUGGCAAACGUCCUCGCCGAUGUCACACAGCGAGGCUUCGACGCCGAUGUGUCGACGCAACUGGACGAGCAGCAGGAAUCAUUGUUGACGCAGGUGGCCCAAGUUCUCUCUGUCAUUGCUCAUGAAGGUCCUCCGUUCGUACAGCCACUCCUCGAAACCGAUGUUCUCCAGAGACUCGUCGCUUUCCUUCUCUUAUCGCUAUCCCCCAGGACCACCGUUGCCGUUCUGAAAUGCCUCAAUGCCGCCGCCGACAAUACGCCGCCGUCAAGCCCCGGUCAAUGGUCGCAGAAUCCGCUGCUUUCGGAUGUUCUGUAUUCUAAGAGAUAUAUACGAUGCUUCGAGAACGUUAUCGGAAAUGCUGGUAAUGACCUGGCGUCUCAGCAAGCCUGCGACGCUGUCCUAGCCCUUCUGUGUAAGACUAUCACACAUGACGCCCAGAAACGUGCGCUUGUCGACCACGGGGUAUUGGAUUUGCUGGCUGCCCGACUGGCAUCAUUUGUGGUUGCAGAGGGUCUCGUACCUCCUGGCUUAAGUGCUCCGUCGAGCGACGAUUCGGCUCCAGCACCACUUCCAGAUCCAGCCCCCAGCAGUGCGCAUCUAUCCCCUGUUCUGGAGGCGCUUUGCGUCCUAACCGAGGGCUCGCGAUCGCGUACAAAGCUAUUCUUGACUAACCCUACCAUCAAAUCCGUCUUCCCAGACUCUAAGCACGACUUUUCCCCGUCAGACAUUCGGCGAGCGCCAUGGGGAGCCAGCUAUUUCUCGGGCGCUGCAGUCCCCAGAUCCAGGCUAGAGAGCCCGUUUGACGCGCUGCUACCGUUUGCACCUGUGUCUGAGAAGGCCGAUGCGUCACAUCCAGGGUUUCCUCCCCUCAGUUCGGUCAUGGCAAUGCCCAAACGCCGGGCAUCUUUUCUGCCCGCCCCUACCGGAGUACCCCACCUACCUUUGGCUCAGGAUGUGGCUGACGACGUGGAUGAAAGUGCUGUAAUCCCCUGGCUGCUGUACGUCGUGCGAGAAUCACGGGGGAAGCGGCGUCUUCUUGCGGCAAAACUCCUAGUCAACCUUAACAGCUUACACUUCGUCCAGAGAGACCGAAGCUUGUCCUUUGCGUCGUUGCUGGUGCCACUCCUUACUCGGAUGCUGGACAACGACCAAGUGCAACAUGACAUAUCUUAUCUGCAUGGCGGAUCAUAUUUGUGCAGUGGUAUGCAUUUCACUCGCGCUGUGCCCGCAGUACUCGCUGCUCUUGUAAUAGACAAUCCGCACAUGCAACGGGUAGCGGUCGAGGGUAAAGCUAUCACCAAGCUGUCUCUAGGCCUCAAAGCAACCUUUGAUGGACCGGCAGGUCGCAAGGUAACCCCCUGGCAGCCACACAAGCAGGACAGUAUGGAAACAGACUCAACUACAGCCGCGACCUGCCUCGGUCCAGGCGGACCAACCUGGGCCGCUCGAAGAGAAAUGGAGUACCGAGAAGGCUGUUUGAAGGCCUUGGCUGCGAUUGCGCCAUUCGAGGAAGACUAUCGAGCGCAGAUUUGCAAUGAAGGUGUCUUACCUCAUAUCGUCCAAGCUCUGGAACCAUACCAGGCGCAUCCGGCCGCGGGUCCGGAAAUGGAUUCGACAGGAAACUCAGCUUCUGUCAUACUGGCAGCAUGCGCAGCAGUCAGGGCCCUAGGAAGGUCGGUGCGAGCGUUGCGGACGAAGCUGGUUGAGGCAGAGGUUGCGAAACCGAUACUCAAAUUGAUGAACUCAACAAAUCCCGAGCUGAGGAUUGCGGCUACCAAGGUUCUCAGCAACCUUGCCGUGGAUUUCAGCGCAGUCAAGGACAGCGUGGGCGAAUCAACAGUGGUGAAAAAGCUAUGCGAGCAGGCGCAUUCGGCAAACGCACGACUUCGGCACGAGUCCCUAUGGGCUUUGAAACAACUUGUUCUCAAUGCUCCGAAGAAGCUGAAGCUUGAGGUGGUGGACGAGCUUGGUUGCAGUUGGAUCAAGCUGUUAAUCAAGACCGAUCCCAUCGAUAUUCCGGAAGGCGAAGUCAUCGGUCUUGUCGAAAGGGAUUAUCCCCCAGCCACAACUUACAGGGGUGCCGGUGUUGCAGCGGACAAUCCCCACGAUGUCAUCAUGGGCGAGGAUUCGGAUUCAGACGGGGGAAGCGAUGAAGCUCGGAGUGCCGUUGAUGAGGAGGUGCCUUCUGAUCAAGGCGAGUUUGACACGAAGCAUACCGUCGAAGACGACACAGAGAUUCAGGCUCAAUUGCUGGAUCUGUUGCGAAACCUCUUCUGUGGGGAGAAUGCAUCCGAGAUGGUCCGAUACAUGGUGGACGAAAUGGGUCAGGACGAUUUCUUCCGCAUCAUGUUGGAUCGACUUAGACCACGCACACUCGCUGGGCCGACCCGGAAGGAGAACUACACCACGCCGCCACCCAAUGUCAUCGUUGGGAAAGUCCUUUUUGUCCUUGUGCAUAUCGCUGCGUGCGAUCCCAAGUGGCGGAAUAUUAUAGCCUCGCAGUACGCUCUGCUGAAGCAGAUUCUCACCCUCUGCAAUCACCAAGACAGGGAAAUUCGGUCGACCUGCUGUUGGAUUGCGAUCAACUUGACUUACGAAGACGAUGCAAACGAUCGAGCGGGAUGCAGGAAUCGCGCCAUUGAGCUCCAGAAGGCCGGGUUUGUCUCGCAUCUCCGGAAGAUGGAAAACGAUUCAGAUUUGGACGUGCGGGAGCGGGCCAAAACAGCACUGCAUCUGAUGACAAAUCUGAAGCUGAUGGCAUGA